AUGGGCAGGAAGUUCAUUGACCUUCUCUUUGACUUUUGCAUCCAACUUCAACACUUCAGUCUGGACUCAAUGCUGCUGGAUCGCGAAGGUGUUAGCAAUGUUGAAGUUGUCGCCUGGCUUCGAGACCUAAUACUACAGGCCUUUCGCUUCCAAAUGAUGAUCUCCAACACCCAGGGCCUCUCAAUCUUAUCGAAGCUAUUGGAUAGCCUGGUGGAACUGAGGCAGUUGGCUGAAGAACAUCGCUUUCAACUCGCAGCACUUAAGGAAAAGGGCUUUCUCUUCCUUAAUGAUCUGUACAGCGAAACCUUUGGACUGAAUUAA